AUGCUUCAUGGACUCCAACUGUGCCAGCAGAUGGGUUUCUCCAUGGUCCAAGUUGAGUCUGACUCGCAGGUUUUGGUUCUUGUGGUGGCAGGGAGUUUUUCGAUUCCGUGGGCAGUACGGCCGCUGAUUAGAGCGAUUCGAGCAAUUUUGCCGUUGGGGGUUCGUCUCUCCCACUGUUUCCGGGAGGCGAAUACGGUUGCUGACUCUUUGGCUGCUGUGGGCGUUGCUUGUAGCGGGCACUUGGAUUAUCCCACUUUGUCUUCUCUUCCACGCUUGUCUAGGUCCCUCUUUGUUUUAGAUAGGGAGCAGGUUCCCAAUUUCCGUUUCUCGCUUCGAAGAUAG